GGGUUGCGCGCAGCCUUACGUGGCGUUCGGCGGGCAAGAUGGCGGCUCGCGGCGGACUCCUGGGCUUGGUCCUGCUGCUGCUCGUUGGCGCCGUGUCCCGCAGCUUCGGCCUCUACUUCCACCUGGGCGAGACCGAGCGCCGCUGCUUCAUUGAGGAGAUCCCGGACGAGACCAUGGUGAUAGGGUAUUACCGUACCCAGCUAUACGAUAAGCAGCGGGAGGAUUACAUGCCUGCCACACCUGGGCUUGGCAUGUUCCUGGAGGUGAAGGACCCUGAUGAUAAGGUCAUCUUGUCGAGGCAGUAUGGCUCUGAGGGCAGAUUCACCUUCACCUCGCACACUCCUGGAGAGCAUCAGAUCUGCCUGCAUUCUAACUCCACCAAAUUCUCCCUCUUUGCAGGGGGUAUGCUGAGGGUACAUCUGGAUAUCCAGGUGGGGGAACAUGCCAAUGACUAUGCUGAGAUUGCUGCCAAGGACAAGCUGAGUGAGCUGCAGCUCCGGGUGUGGCAGCUCAUUGAGCAGGUGGAGCAAAUCCAGAAGGAGCAGAACUACCAGCGGUGGCGAGAGGAGCGGUUCCGCCAGACCAGUGAGAGCACCAACCAGCGGGUUCUCUGGUGGUCCAUUGUCCAGACCCUCAUUCUUGUUGCCAUUGGCAUAUGGCAGAUGAGGCACCUCAAGAGUUUCUUUGAAGCCAAGAAACUGGUGAUGACCGAUGUGGAGGACAAGAAUGAGUGGAAGAACUGCAUUGACGUUGCAGGAGUCCGACUGCCCACUGGCUACUUCUUUGGGGCUUCUGCUGGCACAGGGGACCUGUCUGACAAUCAUGACAUCAUCUCAAUGAAGCUAUUUCAGCUGAUGGUAGAGCAUCCACCAGAGAAAGAGAACAUCGACUGGACAAAGAUUGAGCCCAGUGUCAGCCUCCUUAAGUCACCAAAAGACAACGUGGAUGACCCGACAGGGAAUUUCCGAAGUGGGCCCCUGACUGGCUGGAAGGUGUUCCUGCUGCUGCUCUGCGCCCUGCUGGGCAUCAUCGUGUGUGCUGUGGUGGGGGCUGUGGUCUUCCAGAGAUGGCAGGAGAGGAACAAGCAUUUUUACUAGCCGAGACGCUGGCCUGACCCUGGCCCCAAAUGUGAUCUUUUCUAUGGGGGAUUGUACAAAACUUUGGUUUCUAAAAAGCUGUUUUUGGAGAAAUAACAGGAGUAUUUUGGUAUCUUG